AAUCAAAUCAAAUUAAUUCUUCCCAAUUAAAACUAAACCCGCUUUUUUCCACGUCCUUAUAAAUACAUUUCCUUCCCAGCUAAACAGAGAUCACAAAACCGAAAACCCAGAAUUUUCCUCCUCAUUUUCUCCGGAACCAAACAGGGUUUUAUAUAGAUUUGUAGGUCUUCGUACACAAUUUGUUGCAUUAAUGGUCGGGGCAAAGGGAAAACCGAGGCGAUGGCUUUGGGUCGUCGGUGCGUUGAUCGCGGUCUUCGUUGCCGUUGCAUUGACUUCCAGAAGUGCUCCGAAGAUAUCGUUCUUCGGCCGCUCUAACAAGGCUUGUAAUUGUUCUCAGGAAACGCACAAGUAUAGUGGGAUAGUGGAGGAUUGUUGUUGUGAUUACGAAACCGUAGACCAUCUUAACAAGGAAGUUCUGCAUCCAUCACUCCAAGAGCUCGUCAAAACUCCGUUCUUUCGAUAUUUCAAGGUUAAGUUAUGGUGUGACUGCCCUUUCUGGCCUGAUGAUGGUAUGUGCCGUCUGCGGGACUGCAGUGUAUGUGAAUGCCCAGAUAGUGAGUUCCCCGAGUCGUUCAAGAAGCCCUAUCAUGGCCUUCCUGUGGAUGAUCUUAUUUGCCAAGAGGGAAAGCCUGAAGCAGCUGUUGACCGUACACUAGAUAAUAAAGCUUUCAGAGGAUGGACAGAAAUAGAUAAUCCCUGGACAAAUGACGAUGAGACAGACAAUGCUGAGAUGACAUAUGUAAAUCUUCAACUGAAUCCUGAACGAUAUACCGGCUACACUGGUCCAUCUGCUAGAAGGAUAUGGGAUGCUGUCUACGCAGAGAACUGUCCUAAAUAUCCAUCUGAAGAGUUAUGCACUGAAGAAAGAAUUCUGUACAAGUUGAUAUCUGGCCUUCAUUCCUCCAUUUCAGUCCACAUAGCUUCUGAUUAUCUCCUUGAUGAAACUACACAGACGUGGGGUCAAAAUCUCUCAUUGUUGUAUGAUCGGGUGUUAAGAUACCCAGACCGUGUCAGAAACUUGUACUUCACGUAUCUCUUCGUUCUCCGAGCAGUGACAAAGGCUGCAGAUUACUUGGAACAUGCAGAAUAUGACACUGGAAAUCCUACUGAGGACCUGAAGACACAAUCCUUGGUGAGACAGCUACUCUAUAAUCCCAAUCUACAAGCUGCAUGCCCUGUCCCAUUUGACGAAGCUAAGCUGUGGAAAGGCCAACGUGGACCUGAACUAAAGCAGAAAAUACAAAAAGAGUUCAGAAACAUUAGUGCAUUGAUGGAUUGUGUUGGAUGUGAAAAAUGUCGACUUUGGGGGAAGCUUCAGGUCCUUGGUUUAGGCACCGCACUUAAAAUCCUCUUCUCUGUUGACGGUCAACAAAAUACUGUUCAGAUUCUGCACUUGCAAAGAAAUGAAGUGAUUGCCCUGAUGAACCUACUCAAUCGGCUCUCAGAAUCUGUCAAGUUUGUUAAUGAAAUGGCAUCGUCAACUGAAAUGCUCGCAGAAGGGCAGAUUUCUUCACCCACUGCCCCAAAUUGCCCCUUGCAAAGGAUGUGGGCGUCAAUGUUUACUACACCAGCCCCAAGUUGCCCAUUGCAAAGGAUGUGGGCAUCGUUAAAACCUAGGUAAGGAGAACUAACUGGCGAGACCGUAAAGCAGAACGAAAUCUUCAAAAUAGUUUAAGAAACUGCAGAGAAAUGUAAAAGUACUAUAUUAGAUACAGAUGUGUCCCCUUCUAUGAAGGGAUACAGACGUGUACAAACUCAAAACAAUGCGAAAAAUCUGAGCUUUUGAAAUUCGAUUACCAUAGCAUUUUCUUCAUGUCA